GACGUACACAUUGGAGGUGACGCCUCCCGCCCCCAAUCGGAUCUCGCUUAUUACCUCCUCUUCUUGAAAUCAAACGUUUUGUUGGAUAAUUCGGAAUCAAGACGCAUAUCCUGUCUAUCUCCUGUCUCAUUCUUAACUAGUAAUAUUUGGUUGGCUUCCUACAACCCCUGCAAUCAUCGUCCACAGCUCAGCAAGGCUCACAACUUUGCUGUCAUGGAAAGUGUUGACUUGCAAUCAAAAUAUCAGACACUGGCUGCAGAGUAUAGCAAGGUGACAGCCAAAUGCACUGUGCUGAAGAGAGCUGUGAUUGAGGAACAAGCAAAGAAUGCUGAGCUGAAGGAUGAGCUUACGGAGACGGACCGGCAGCUGCGCCAGCAGCGGCAGGAGGUGGAGAGUCUCACCUUCCGCAACGAGCAGCUGACGCGGAGGGUGGGCGUGCUGCAGGAGGAGCUGGACCCCUCUCGGCAGACCAAGCAAUCAAAAAGAAAGGAUCGAAAUCUCCUGCACACGAACACGCCGCCACUUCCAAUUUAAACGUCCUGGAAGAGGAGCUUAUGUCAAAAAUCACCGAUAACGUCAAGCUGAACGAAAUGCUGUCGGAGGCGGAGUCGCGCCACCAGGAGGAGGUGGGCACGCUCACCUCCCGGCUGCGGCAGCUGGAGGUGCAGCUGACCACCAGCCGCUCGCCAACGCCGCAGACGCCGCCCACCCCGCCCGUGG